UCCAUGCCGCUAACCCUGUCACCACUAACCCUGUCACCACUACAGAAAUGUAUAAAACAGCUUAAAAAAUGUAUGUAUGUCUCCUCCCUCAUGUGUUUUCAGCUAAUCCCAGAGUCAAUGCAGAGCUACAACAGCGUCUUCCUUCACCUGUCUCACCUUCACCUAUCAGGUAUGAACAUGUGUCACCUUCACCCGUCUCACUUUCACCUGUCUCACCUUCACUGAUCAGAUCACAGAUCAGUCUGAGUGUUGACCACAGUGAGGAUCUACUCAGCUCCUCCUCUGUCUUCCCCAUCAGGAGGUUAGUCUCCUUCCUCUUGUAUGUCUCCUCCCUCUUGUAUGUCUCCUCCCCCUCGUGUAUGUCUCCUCCUAUCCUCAGGUGUCCAGCAGUGAUGCAAGUGGAGGUGUCCUCCAGCAGAGGGCGCGGCAGAGAUGUUUCUGAUGGAGGAGAGCGAGGAGUCGUCCUGUUGGAUGACAGUUUUCCUCAGGAUGUCUCUUCAGGACGUCAGAGUUCAGUUUGGAACAAAAACGUCUCAUUUCUUCUAAAGGAGGUGGACACUUUGAGGGAUGCCAACAACAAGCUGCAGGAGCAACUGCUGCAGAAGGAGGAGGAGCUACAGAGGAGGAUGGUGGAGGAGGAGCUAAGGGAGGAGCUAGAGAAGGGUUCUAAAGUUGUGUUGGACGAAGUGUUGUCUUCUCAGAAGGACAGAGAUCACGCUCUGAUGUCACGACUGCUGCUGGCCAAUGAGGAGAGAGAUGAGGCUCUGCUGAGGAUACAACGUCUUCAACGCACAACACAGUCAGAGACGGUGAAUGUUGAUGCUGCUGAAAUGGAAGUGGACAAGCUCCUUCAGUGUGUGUGUGAUGCACACUCAGUCCAGCAGGUGGAGCAGUUUGGGUCAGUUCUGGUUGAGCGUCUGAAGUCAGCACAGCAACGACGAAAUGACAUCACAGCUCAGGAAAUGAAGGCUGUCAUGGAGGAGAGAGAGGGGUGUGUCAACAAGUGUAAACGUCUUGAACAAGAUCUGAAUGAAGAGAGAGAGCAGAGGAGGAGUCAGGAGGAGCUGCUGAGGCUCCAGACAGAGAGGGACAGCGCUCUGGACGAAAGGCGACGUCUGGAGGUGGAGCUACAGGCCCUACGAGCCAAUCACAGCCCUCAGAACCUCACUGUGUCCCCGCCCUCAUCAUCUGCUCAUGGUGACUCACUGGAGGCUCCGCCCCUGCUGGUCCAGCUGGAGCAGCUCUCACAGGAGAAGCAGCGUAUGGAGGCGGAGCUUCAACGCUGUCAGGAGGUGGAGCAAGAGGCCAAUGAGAGAGUCCACAGGGAUGGAGGAGAUAAGGACAGGCUUCUGUCCCAGCACCUGUGGACAUGUGGACAAGUUCAGCAGUGUGAGUCUGAAACAGAGGAUUCAUCAUUAACGUCAACAAUAACAACAGAGUAUAUCAUUAAUGUCCAUGAUAAACACACUUAUCCAACUAAUGUCAACAAACUACAUACUUUAUAUUUCUUUUCUUUUUGCCUGUGAGGGAGUUAUGUCGCCCCCUGCAGGCCCAUUCUUUCCACCAUGGUACUGUUCAGAGACAAAAGACGACAAGGGCAGAUGUGUCAGUAGUUUUAGCACAAAAUGAUCAUUAUAGACUUAACAUUACGCUUAUUUUUAGGAAUUACAAAUGCAAUAUUUAUGUCUUAGCGUCAGACAACAGGCCAAUACAUUCAGCCGUCUGCUCCUUGGUCCCUUCAACAUAAUAAAAUCAUUAUGGUUUGUUUCUUUCAUACCAAAAACUAUAAUGAGUGGACGUGGCAAAAUAAGCAUUAUAUACAUUAUAUACAUUAUAUACAUUAUAUACACCCACAUACACCCACAUUUAGCUUAACUUAACAAAAGUUUCGCCGUGAUUGACUGUUUCCAUUGAAAAACAGACAGUGAACAGCAGACAGUGAACAGCAGACAGUGAACAGCAGACACUGA